AUGGACGGUAAAUGGGAUGAACUAGGUAUGAAUGUUGCGUAUGAAGAAGCUAAGAAAGGGUACGAGGAAGGCGGUGUACCAAUCGGUGGAUGUUUAAUAGACAAUGUCACUGGUGAAAUUCUUGGUCGUGGACAUAAUAUGAGAUUUCAAAAAGGUUCUGCUACUUUACACGGCGAAAUUUCCACUUUAGAAAAUUGUGGUAGAUUACCAGGUAAAGUAUACAAGGGAUGUACUUUAUAUACUACUUUAUCGCCAUGUGAUAUGUGUACUGGUGCCAUUAUUAUGUAUGGUAUUCCAAGAUGUGUCAUUGGAGAAAAUGUCAAUUUCAAGAGUCCAGGUGAAGAGUAUUUAAAACAAAGGGGUAGAGAAGUCGUUAUUACCGAUGACUCGAGAUGUAAAGAGAUCAUGAAGAAGUUCAUUGAUGAAAGACCAAGUGACUGGUUUGAAGACAUUGGAGAAUGA